UUGCAGAUCUUACGUAUGCCACCAGCAUUUUCGUUUGCGGUCCCUUGCUGCAUUUUUAUGAAGGGGUGCCCCUUCCAAAAUUCAAGGAAAAGGCCUUGGGAACGAGGUUGCUCCUGUCCCGACAAGCUAUUUCAAUUUUUACUGCCUCUCCUAGGAUCCGUAAAUCGACGUCAAUCAACCACACGAAUUGACGAAGAACAACGACGUUCAUCCGUAAGCAGCCAAGUUCACGAAGAACAAAGACGUGCAUCGGUAAGCAGCCGAAUUCACGAAGAGCAGCGACGUCCAUCCGAAAGCAGCCGAAUUCACGAAGAGCAGCGACGUCAAUCCUUAACCAGCCGAAUUUAUGAAGAUCAGCGCCGUCCGUCCGAAAGCAGCCGAAUCAUCGAGGAAGAAAUGCGCUUGAGGCAAAGAUCAGAAGAUCGAAAAGGGAAGAGAGGAACAGUCUAUCUCGGAAUGUUCAAGGCAAAAAUUCUAGUUUUGGGACCUUGUGAGAGUGGCAAAACCGUAAUUUCGAAUUUCCUUUCCGAUGCCACUGAAACUUCAGGGGGAGAAUAUCAUCCAACGCAAGGUGUCAGGAUACUAGAGUUUGAAUGCAACGGGAUAGAAAUAUCUCCCGGUAAAACAGCAAAUUGUGAAGUGGAGUUGUGGGAUUGUAGUGGAAACCACAAGUUUUCUACUUGUUGGGCAGCUUUCCAAAAGGAUACCAAUGGAGUUUUAAUCGUCUACAAUCCUGAUCAAGCAAACCAAGACAAGGAACUAGAGACUUGGUACACCCAAUUUGUACACAGCCAAGGGCUCAAGGAUUCACAGUGCAUAGUGUUUGCCCAUCACCGGCCAUCAGCUGCUGAUACGACAAGAACACAACUACCCUCUGUGUUGUCCAGAGUAACCUGCGUGCAAACAAAUCUGGACGAAGAACCUGAAGCAGUUAGAGACGAAUUUCACAAUUUUCUGGCAAAGGUCAUCAGUAACUGGACCGACAAACGAGAUCAGGAGGAACUAAGUAUAAUGAACACAUGACCCAAAUGGCUGUUGCUGAUUACUGUUUAAAGGACCAAGAGAUAUUUAUGACUUGUAUUAAAAAGGGUUAGUUACACCGAUUUAGUCAAUUAAGGUGAUUCUGUUACAUACAAACUGGAAUUAAAAGUGCUUGUUCAUGCCACUUCAGGAGAUUUUAAAGUGAAAAAAAAAUCACUGACUUUCUCUCAAAAGAUUGAUAUAUGUUAUUUGGAGUGAGCGAAGGCUUGAAAGAUCAUCUGUCCCCCUCCCCCCUCGGGCUAACUAAGAUUUUUGUUAGAAGUUGUUUGUGUAUCACGUGACUAUCUCGUCCGGUUUCUUGUAAAAUAAGUGACAGACCUUGUAAAUAACUUUUGUUUUGUAUGCCAAGAUUUUAAUUAUUAAACUGAUGUGCAACAGUUUUA